AUGCGAUUUCAGCCUGUGACUUUUCUCGUUGCCAUUAUUUCCACAGCACAUGGGAUCUGUGCGUCUGAGAUCCCUUCAGACCUUCCCGUCGCCUCCUUAAUAUCAACAGCAAAAUCUCACCUAGCAAAUGGCUCUCCCCGUGACGCACUCCUGUACUUUGACGCCGCUAUCAUGAAGGACCCCACGAAUUAUUUGACAAUAUUUCAACGCGGAGCAACUUAUCUAUCGUUAGGAAGGAGUUCAAAAGCCAUUGAAGAUUUUAAUCGUGUUUUGAUACUCAAACCAGAUUUUGAAGGAGCCCUAAUGCAGCGAGCUAAAAUUCGCACGAGAGGUGCUGACUGGAUUGGCGCAAAGCGUGAUUUACAGGCUGCAGGCAAACUUGGAACUUCUGAAAUGGAGGAGAUAGAAGAAGCUGAGAAAGCCUCUAUUGCAGCCGAAAAGGCAGAAACACAAAGCAAUUGGGAGGCAUGUGUCUCCCAAACCGGUAUAGCUAUUCUGAAAGCAAGUGCUUCGUUACCUCUUCGUCAACGCCGAGCAAGGUGUCGAUUUGAAAGAGGUGAAGUCCAAGAGGGUAUCCAUGACCUUGCACAUGUCUUGCAGAUAUCCCCUGGGUCCUUACAACCGCAUCUUGCCAUAUCCGCAAUGUUAUUCUAUUCUCUAGCUGAUACAGACCGUGGCAUAUCUCAAAUACGCCAAUGUCUUCAUUCUGAUCCAGACUCAAAAGCUUGUAGCCGUCUUUUUAAGAGGGAAAAGAAAAUCUCCAAAGUACUUCACUCUCUCGAUAUACUAUGGGAACAGAGGAAGUUUAGUAAAGCGGCCGAAUUGCUAGUGGGCUCUAAAGGAGAGAGUGGAUUAAUCCAGGAUGUGAAGAGUGAAAUAAGCCUAGCUCGUGACGAAGGGUAUAUUCAUCGCAAGGCACCUGAUAAGCUCCAUGGCCUGUUGCUUGAGAAAGCUUGUGAGGCAUAUCGAGAAAUGAAUUCGAAGCGCAAAGCCAGGCCUCUCUGUUCCCAAGCUCUAGAACUUAACCCAACCUCCCUCCACGGCCUCUUGUGGAAGGUGGAGAAUCAAAUAGACUUAGAUGAGUUCGAAGCUGCCAUUAAAACCCUUAACGUAGCUGCUGAGAGUCACCCUGAUUCGCACCAAAUUCGAACUUUAUAUCAAAAAGCGCAGCGGCUACUAAAACAAUCCCAGCAAAAGGAUUAUUAUAAAGUAUUAGGUGUUGAUCGUGAGGCUGAUGAUGCAGUAAUCAAGCGAGCUUAUCGCAGACUUACUAAGCAGUAUCAUCCUGAUAAGGUUAUUUCACAAGGCGUGACAAAAGAAGAAGCAGAGAAGAAAAUGGCCUCUAUUAAUGAGGCAUAUGAAGUUCUUUCUGACCCUGAACUAAGAGGACGUUUUGACCGGGGCGACGACCCAAACAACCCUGAAAGCCAACAAGGGAAUCCAUUUCAGGGUAGUCCAUUUGGACAUGGAGGGCAACAGUUCUUUUUUCAGCAGGGCCGAGGUGCGCAGCAGUUCAAGUUUGAGUCACAGGGAUUUGAAUUCCCUGAGGGAUUUUCUUUUGGAUAG